UCUUGCCAUUCAAACACUGGUAACACCGCACAUUUAUUUAAAGCGCGUGUUUAACGAUUCAACGACUGAAAGUCGUUCGUUUAUAAUCAUUUUAUGGUGCGAACCUAUAAAUCUGUUAAGAGAACAUUCACAUGACGUACACGUUGUUUUAGCUGAAAUAUCCAGUUGGAUGCAGGGUGAGGUAGACUCGAGCUGCCAACUCCCAUCCACAUAACUUGCGUGGAAUUAUUUUAUACAAAAAAAUACACCAAGGUCACAUACAUUCGUAUUCUUGAGGAGUGUUGUAAAUAGUCUCUCUAAUUCCACGGUUAAAUGAAAAUCUACAGGGUCGAUGAGUUUGUGAAAUGUAAAGUACUGCAAUUGUUAGUGUUUGCGGCGGUGGCCUGGCCGCAGAUCAGGAGCGGCAGAUAUUGGACUUAUAGAAAGAGUGAGACACUGUUUAUAUUUGUACAAAACCAUCUGUGAUGGAAGAAACUGAAGAUUAUGUAAGCCAGGCAGAGGCGAUUACGAGGAAUGCUUGCUGCCCUUGGAACUGCACGCCUUCCAUGUCGCACGUGCCUCCCAUCGAUUCGAGCAAGACUCCAAUAAUCUGGAUCAUAGGAGGUCCUGGGUCGGGUAAGAGGACGCAAUGUCAGAAGAUCAUCGCCAAGUACGGGUUCACACAUCUCUGUACAGGAGACGUCCUGAGAGCUGAAGCGGCGACGAACAACUCUGAAAAAUCAAAGUGUGUCGCAACUAUUAUGAAGCGGGGUGAGCCGUUCCCCAACGACGUAGUGUUAAAUUUGCUUAAGGAAGCAAUGAUCGCUAAAGUUGCCGGGGCUAAAGGUUUUCUCAUCGCCGACUAUCCGAGACAAAAAUCCCAAGGUAUCGCGUUCGAAAAAGCCAUUGCUUCAGUGAAUCAUAUAUUAUACCUCGAAGCUUCGGCUGAGACUCUGAAAAAGAGAGUCCAAGGUAGAGCAGCGAACUCCGGAGCCGACGAGUACACCCUAAAUAAACGACUCAAAACCUUCUUCGAGGACACCGAUUUAGUGCUCGCACAUUACCUCAGGAAACUGUCCAGGAUAAACGCUGAAGACUCAGUGGACGCAGUCUUCAAUGAGAUAGUUAAAGUCCUCGACCCAAUAGUGACCUGACUUUUUUUCCUUGAAGAGCUUCUUAACAACAUUAAAAUAUAAGUUUAUUUCAUUUUUCUCAAUAUAAAUACUUAUAAUUUAA